AUGAGAGUUCAACGGGCUGUGGCUGCCCUCAAUAACGGCCGGAUUCUGUCCUCCAAGUGCAGUGGGCGCUUCAUGGGCAUCGUGUCCCAAAAAGCUUCAGGGCCCCCAACGACACAAUGGAGACAGGCGCCUCUGCAGAUAGAGGGCCGCAGAUAUUUCAAUGUCUCGCGGCCAAGGAGGGCAGCGCCAGUAAAUGCUGCUGCGGCUGCGAGCGCUGCCUUGAGGAAAGCUGCCGAGGACGCUGCCAACAUGACACCCGAAACUGUCUUUGCGAACAUGGACCCAGAAGAGAAACAUCGACUCUCAAGAGUGCGAAAUAUCGGAAUCGCUGCCCACAUUGAUAGCGGAAAAACGACGGUAACCGAACGAGUUCUGUUCUACACAGGCCGAAUCAAGGCAAUCCACGAGGUGCGAGGAAGAGAUGGUGCCGGCGCAAAGAUGGACUCCAUGGAGCUCGAACGAGAAAAGGGAAUCACUAUUCAGUCUGCUGCCACCUUCUGCGACUGGAAAAAGGUGGAGAAUGACAAGGAGGAGACGUAUCACGUCAACUUAAUCGACACGCCGGGACACAUUGAUUUCACGAUCGAAGUUGAGCGUGCUCUGCGAGUUUUGGAUGGUGCUGUCAUGAUUCUUUGUGCCGUCAGUGGUGUCCAGUCUCAGACCAUUACCGUGGACCGACAAAUGAAGCGAUACAACAUUCCCCGAAUCAGCUUCGUCAACAAGAUGGAUCGAAUGGGAGCCAACCCUUGGAAGGCGGUUGAGCAAAUCAACUCCAAAUUGAAGUUCCCAGCAGCCGCUAUCCAGGUCCCGAUCGGUGUCGAAGACCAGUUCAAAGGUGUUGUUGAUCUGAUUAACAUGAAGGCAAUCUACAGCGAAGGACCCAAGGGAACGAUCGUCAGAGUUACCGACAAGAUUCCUGAGGACCUGAAAGAUUUCGCCGAGGAAAAGCGUCAGGAACUGAUUGAGAAGUUGGCCGAUGUUGACGAUGAGAUUGCCGAGAUCUUCUUGGAUGAGCGAACGCCCACGCCUUUACAAAUCAAGAACGCGAUCCGACGAGCCACCGUUGCUCUCAAGUUCACACCCGUGAUGAUGGGAUCUGCCUUGGCCGACAAGUCUAUCCAACCCAUGCUUGACGCAGUGUGCGACUACCUCCCACAACCCGCCGAUGUCGAAAACUUGGCCUUGGAUCGAUCCAAGGGUGAAGCGCAGACGAAAUUGGUGCCAUACAAUUCUUUACCGUUCGUUGGCUUGGCUUUCAAGCUGGAAGAGAACAACUAUGGUCAACUUACAUACAUCCGAGUCUACCAAGGAACGUUGAGGAAGGGGACCUAUCUCUUCAACUCGCGAACCGACAAGAAAGUGCGAAUUCCGAGAAUCGUACGGAUGCACUCCAAUGAAAUGGAGGAUGUGUCUGAGGUCGGUGCUGGUGAGAUUUGCGCCGUGUUCGGGGUUGAGUGCGCGUCUGGUGAUACCUUCACAGAUGGAAACCUGCCAUACACCAUGACUUCCAUGUUCGUUCCGGACGCCGUCAUGUCGCUUUCCAUCAAGCCGAAGAGGAGUCAAGACGCCGACAACUUCUCAAAAGCCAUGAACCGUUUUCAGCGCGAAGAUCCGACAUUCCGGCUGUUCGUCGAUGAGGAAAGCGAAGAGACCAUCAUUUCGGGCAUGGGUGAACUGCAUCUCGAAAUUUACGUCGAGCGUCUACGCCGUGAAUAUAAGGUGGAAUGCAUCACAGGCCAACCGCGUGUCGCCUACCGUGAAACCAUCGCUCGGCGUGCCGACUUUGACUACCUUCUGCGCAGACAAACUGGUGGUCCGGGUGAUUUCGCGAAGGUCGGCGGCUGGAUCGAGCCAAACGAAGAUCCUGAAAGCAACUCGUUCGUUAACGCUGUUGUGGGUGGUUUGAUUCCCGACAAGUUCAUCUCAGCCUGUGGUAAAGGUUUCGAGAUUGCCUGCGAGAAGGGCCCGCUGCUAGGACACAAGGUCAUCGGUGCCAAGAUGGUGGUUAACGACGGUGCGACUCACGUUACUGACUCUUCCGAUUACGCUUUCAGCUUGGCUGCCCAGAUGGCCUUCCGCAAGGUCUUCGACGAGGCCGGUGGCGCCGUUCUCGAGCCGCUCAUGAAGACGACCAUCAUGGCGCCCAACGAGUUUCAGGGUAACAUUAUCAUGUUGAUGAACAAGCGCAGCGCGACUAUCAUCGAUACCGAGAUUGGUACUGAAGAAUUCACGCUAAUUGCCGACGUGAGCUUGAACUCGAUGUUUGGCUUUUCGAGUCAGUUGAGGGCUGCCACCCAAGGCAAGGGCGAGUUCAGCAUGGAAUUUAGUCAUUACGCCGCGGCGCCGCCACAUUUGCAAAAGGAACUUGUCGCCAAGUACCAGAAGGAGUUGGAAGCCAAAAGGUCAAAAUAA